AUGUCAGUCACGAAUGAGCACAGCGAGAGGAUGAAGAAGUUCAAGAACAAGGGCAAGGACAUAGCUGCCUUGAGGAGGCAGAGGAUGGAGGUGAGCAUUGAGCUGCGGAAGGCCAAGAAGGAUGAGCAGAUCCAGAAGCGCAGGAACAUCUCCAUGGACAAGAGCCUCACUCCAGCUGAAGAUGAAGCAAAUGAGAUUCAGCUGUCCUUGGAGAAAAUCGUUGAGUGUGUGAAUGGGAGCAACCCUGAGCUGCAGCUGCUGGCCACGCAGGCCACCAGGAAACUGUUGUCUAGGCAGAAGAACCCCCCUGUCAAUGAGGUCAUCAAGCUGGGGAUCAUCCCCAGGCUGGUUGAAUUCCUCACCUAUGAGGACAAUGCUCCUCUGCAGUUUGAAGCAGCCUGGGCACUGACCAACAUCGCCUCUGGCACCUCGGAGCACACCAGGGCGGUGGUGGAGGGCGGUGCCGUCCCACCCUUCAUCUCCCUCCUGUCCUCCCCACACAUGCAUGUUAGUGAGCAGUCUGUGUGGGCACUGGGCAAUAUUGCAGGUGAUGGUCCUCUGUACAGAGAUGUUCUUAUCAAGUGCAAGGUCCUUCCUCCCUUGCUGGCUCUGGUGUCACCUGUAACUCCAGUUGGGUUCCUGAGGAACAUCACAUGGACGCUGUCAAACCUCUGCAGGAACAAGAACCCCUACCCUGCCCUGGAGGCAGUGAAAACAAUGCUGCCAGUCCUCAGCUGCCUCCUAGUGCAUGAGGACAAGGAGAUUGUCUCUGAUGCCUGCUGGGCCAUCUCCUAUCUGACUGACAGCUCCAACGACCGCAUCCAAAUCGUGGUGGACACAGGGAUUCUCCCCAGGCUGGUGGAGCUGAUGGGCAGCCCAGACUUGGUUGUUAUGACCCCAGCUCUCCGUGCUGUUGGGAAUGUAGUCACUGGGACUGAUGAGCAGACACAGGCAGCCCUUGAUGCUGGCCUCCUGGGUGUCCUGCCCCGGCUCCUGCAACACCCAAAGCCAACUAUCCAGAAGGAAGCUGCAUGGGCACUCAGUAAUGUUGCUGCAGGGCCUUGCCAUCAGAUCCAGCAACUCAUCACCUCUGGGUUAUUGUCAUCUCUCAUGGAGGUGCUUGAUAAGGGGGACUUCAAAGCUCAGAAAGAAGGAGUGUGGGCAGUGGCCAACUUCACAACGGGAGGCACUGUGGAGCAGGUGGUGAAACUUAUCCAGGCUGGGAUCCUCAAACCUUUGCUCAACCUGCUCUUGGCUAAAGACAGCAAAAUUGUCUUGAUCAUCCUGGACACCAUUUCAAAUUUCUUUCUGGUAGCUGAGAAGCUGGGGGAGAGAGAGAGGUUUUGUCUGCUGGUGGAAGAGUUGGGUGGUCUGGAGAAAAUUGAAGCCCUGCAAACCCAUGACAACAACAUGGUCUACAGAGCUGCCCUGAAUAUCAUAGAGAAAUACUUUUCCACAGAGGAAUGUGCAGAGCUGCAGCCUGGGAUUAAGGAUGGACUCUAUGAUUUCUCUGUGGACAAGGAAGACUUUGACUUCUGA